AUGUCUGACAAGAAAGUCUCCAAGCCCUGCCAUCACUGCAAGAGCAGAUCAGCAUCACUCCCAGCAGACACCACCACAAUCCACUAUGAGAAGUUCUGGCUGUACCGUCACUGCUCCUCAGUGGAGCAGAGCCACCGGCAAGCUCAGAAGGCUGGGCAGCUCUUCUCAGGGCUGCUGGCCAUGAACGUGGUGUUUCUGGGCAGCGCCUUCAUCAGCAGCAUGAUCUUCAACAGGGUGGCCAUCACUCUGGCAGAUGUCUGGAUCCUGCUCUCCGUCCUCAAGGUCUUGUGUGUGUUCUGGAUUAUUUACUACCUGAUGGGCACCAGCCGGAAGCCACACGCCGUGCUCUACAGGGACUCCCACGCCGGACCCAUCUGGGUUAGGGGGUCAGUGCUGCUGUUUGGCAGUUGCAGCAUCCUCCUGAAUGUGUUUGAGAUUGGCUACAGCACAAUCCUUGUCCGCUGCAAAUCCAAUGUGGAAAUUUUGUUCCCUGUCAUUGCAAUCCUUUUUAUUGGCACCCAGAUUUACUUUCUGUGGCAUCACUCUAAGGACUGCAUUCAAGUCCAGCACAACUUCACCAGGUGUGGGCUGAUGGUCGCCAUAGCCACCAACCUUCUGGAAUGGCUCCUGUCCGUGACCAACGACUCCCUGCACAUGGAGAUGGAGUCUCAGCUGCGUGAGGUGGAGCAGCGAUUCAUAGGCAAUGAGAGUGCCUUGUGCAUAUGCCCAAACACGACCAUCUGCAGAAUCUUCCAGAAGGGCUACAUCCUGCUCUACCCCUUCAACACCGAGUACAGCCUGGUCUGCUCCUCCAUGCUCUACGUCAUAUGGAAGAACGUGGGGAGAAGCAUCAGCCACCACCACAACCUGGAAAAGAGGCCCAAAUUCAAGCUCAAGGGAGUGCUCUUUGGACCUGUGCUGGGCACCAGUGCUGUAAUCAUCGGGGCUUGUGUUUUCAUGAUGUACCAGAUCCAGGCCACCAGCUUGGACCCCAGCCGCCAGGUCCUUGUGAUCUAUUUUACCUACUACAUUGUGCUCCUGCCCCUGAUGAGUGUGUGUGCCGUGGCUGGGACACUCGUCCAUGCCUUGGAAAAAAAGGAGCUGGACACGGUGCAAAACCCAACCCGCAGCCUGGACGUGGUCCUGCUGAUGGCCGCGGCCCUUGGCCAAAUCUGCAUGUCCUACUUCUCCAUUGUGGCCCUGGUGGCCAGCAACCGCAGAGACCUGCUGAACAGGCUUGCCCUGGCCUACUCUGUGCUCAUUAUCCUUCAGAACAUCACCCAGAAUGUUUUUGUCAUCGAUGGGCUCCACCGGCGGCACGUUGUAGCUGAGGCCAAGCAUGCCAGGCGCUGCGAGCAGCACACGGUGGCUGCAGAGCUGCCUGGGGAAGAGGAGAGCACGCAGGACAGAGUACAGGAGCACAGCCAGACACCUCCUGCCAAGGAGGAAAAGGAGGAAGACACUAAAGAAGUGCAGAAUUGUGAAGCCUGCCGCCAGAGACGAAUGAGCGUGCUGGAGCUGGGACAGGAGAUCCGGAAAGUUUCCCUGUCCUACAUCCAGACCUACUCUCACCUGACCUGGAAGAGAAGAGUAUUGAGGGAGAUCUCAUUCUUCUUAGUUCUGAGCAACAUCAUACUGUGGAUCAUGCCCACAUUUGGGUCUCACCCCCUCUUCGAGAAUGGAAUGGAAAGGUCAUUUUAUGGCUACUCCACCUGGUUUGUGAUCGUGAACUUCGGCCUCCCCUUGGCUGUGUUUUACCGCAUGCACUCCAUCGGGGCGCUCCUGGAGGUCUACGUGACAGCCUGA